AUGAAGAUUACUUCACGGCACAUCGAGAAGGACGGCUCCGGCAGGAUCACCAUCGUCCCAGAAGAAGAUGAGGACAUGUAUCACCUGUACAACCUGAUCGAGCAAGGAGAUCGCGUACGAGCAGCAGCAGUGCGUCGAGUCCAAUCCGAAUCAUCCACCGGUUCGAUGGAGUCGCAUCGAGUACGUCUCAAUCUGACCAUCGAGGUAGUCAAAACGACAUUCGACGCAACAGGCUCGAGUGCACCCCCAGACCCAUCGGCCGCGGCGGCAGCAGCUGCGUCAACCUCUUCGACAGCAAACGAAGAAGAGGUGAGCCGGUCGGCUGCUGUGGGUGGCACCGGCGGAGAAGGAGCUACUCUGCAAGUGGCAGGAAGGGUGGUUGAGGAGAACAAGCACGUCAAGAUGGGAGCAUAUCAUACAUUAGAUCUCGAAGUGAAUCGAGCCGUCACCAUCACCAAAGAGAGCUGGGACGCAGUGCACCUGGAGCGAUUGGGCGAAAGCACCGACAUCAGCCAGCGUGCCGAAGUGGGCGCUGUCGUGCUAGGCGAUGGUACUGCAGCAGUGUGUCUAUUGACAGGUCACAUGACGGUGGUGCGACAACGCAUCGACGUACCGAUUCCGCGCAAACGCAAAGGGCUUCCGGCCACAGCAGCGGACAAAGCGACGGCCCGCUUUUACGUUCAAGUCUACAAUGCGGUGGUCAAGCUGCUGCAGCUCCCCGCUCUACGACUCAUCAUCCUCGCGUCACCCGGCUUUACACGCGAUUCGGUGUACGACUUUUUGUUCGAGGAAGCGACACGGCGAGGCGACAAGAUCUUGAUUGGUAGCGAAGCGCGCCGCAAGUUUCUCAAGAUUCACUGCAGCUCGCCGCACGUUCACUCGCUCAUGGAGGUGCUGCGUAGCCCCGAGGUUAACGCUCAGCUGAAAGACACCAAAUUUGCUCGAGAGGGACAGCUGCUGGAACGCUUUAUGAAGCAAUUGGCCAGCGAUGAGCUGCGCGCAUGGUACGGCGAAAAACACGUAUUGCUCGCUGCAUCUAGAGGUGCUAUUGGCGUGUUGCUGAUCUCGGAUGGCCUGUUCCGCGCUGCGGAUCCAGCGAGAAGGAAAAAAUUCGUGGAGCUGGUCGAGGAAGUGCGAGCACAGGGAGGGGAGGUAGCCAUCUUCAGUUCGAUGCACGAAAGCGGACGUCAGCUCAACGCCUUGACGGGCAUUGCGGCCAUCUUGACGUAUCCGCUCGACAUUGAAGUGGUGGAAGAGGAGGAAGCCGAAGAAGCGAGGAUCAAACAGGCCGAGGUCACACAAUAA